AUGCCUCGUAAAAAAGGACUUCUGACCUGCGCUACUGAAGAAAUUAACAUUAAAAAUAUUGGAGGUAUUAAAGAAACAAAUGUCCCAAAAGAGACAAUAAGUUCUGACCUAAAUAAAUAUAAGUUUGAGAAGAAACCUCAUAUUAAAAUCGAAUUUGAAGAAGAAUCUCCCAAGAAAGAGCUUUCUGAGGGCUUAUGGGAACCUUCUAACUGGCAAGAGUUUCUUGUGAAUUUGAGAAACAUGAGAGCCAAUCAUGAUGCACCAGUUGAUACAAUGGGUUGCCAUAUGUGUAUGGAUGAAAAUGCUUCACCUAAGGAAAUAAGAUAUCAGUCAUUAAUAUCUUUAAUGCUUUCGAGUCAAACUAAGGACCAAGUAACAUUUGCUGCUAUGGAGCGUCUGAAGCAGAGAGGCUUGACUGUUGACAACAUCUUAGCAAUGAGUGAUGAAGAAUUAGGAACACUUAUUUAUCCUGUUGGGUUUUGGAAGACGAAAGUAAAGUACAUAAAAAAGACAACACAAACUUUGAAAGAGCAGUACAACAGUGAUAUUCCUGAUUCAGCGGAAAAAUUGUGUAAGCUUACUGGUGUUGGACCAAAAAUGGCUCACAUUUGUAUGAAGGUUGCUUGGAAUAAAGUCACAGGAAUUGGUGUGGAUACACAUGUACAUCGGAUAAGUAAUAGAAUAGGAUGGGUCAAGAACCCAACAGCUACACCUGAAGACACAAGAAAAGCUCUACAAUCCUGGUUACCAUUUGAACUGUGGAGUGAAGUAAAUCAUUUAAUGGUGGGCUUUGGACAGACAAUAUGCUUACCCAUUGGUCCUAACUGUGAUGAAUGUUUAAAUAAAGACAUAUGCCCAUCAAGACUUAUUAAAAAAUCUCCUAAAAAGACUCCAGCUAAAAAAAUUAAAGAGAAAGACAAUGAGAAGCCAUUGUCUACAGGAAAGACUCCAAGAAAAUCUCCUAAAAUACUUCCUAAACUAAAAAUAGAAAAGUCCCCAAUAAACUUAAAUGUGAAAAGUCCUAAAUCACCAACAUUACAUACUACCAAAGAAUUUACGAAAUCGCCAACAAAAAGAAAAGCUGUAAAGAAUCUCAAAGAAGAUUUAGAAGAAUGUACAAGCAAGAACUCAAUAAAACAAAAGAAGGAUAACCACAAUAAACAGGAAUCAAAAAUAAAGGCCAGAAAAUCACCUAGACUAAAAAUUACUGGAAAUAACCACACUGCUUAA